AUAAACAACUUUCAGUAGACUGGAAGUUACAGGAGAGGGUGGCAACUUGGACGCUCCCUCUUCUUUCCACACCUCAAUUUUCUUCUGCUCUCUCUCUCUCUGCUGUUCGAACCCCUCUACCAUUCAGUCCAGAGGAGACACUUCAGCCAGACAGCAUCUGAUCCUGAAGGAAAGAUGAGUAACCACUUGAUUCUUCACUUGGCAUGUGUGAGCAUGGUUCUGCUCUGGGGUCAUGGGUAUGCAGUGCAUGUGCCCCUGGUCUAUAGAAUUUCCAUGGAUGGCAGUGGUGACGGAGGGGAGCCGGAUCUCAUUAUCCCCGUCGAUGGCCCCCACCACCCUCUCUCCCCCGUCGAUGUCGAUGUCCCCGUCGACGUCACCCCCGUCGAUGUCGCCCCCGUUGAUGUUUCCCCCACCACUACCCUAGCCCCCACCCUGGUCAGCACCAUCACCAACACCAUCACCAUCACCAUGAUCCGCCUGAAGGACUUUAUGCUCACCCGGGUGGUGGACUUCCUCCAGGAUAAUAUGCUGAUCAUAAUUGUGGUCACGUCCCUCCUCAUCGUCAUGAUCUUCAUCAUCUGCUGUGCCGCUACCAUGAGCCAAAAGCGCAAGAUGGAGGCCUACAAACCCCCUGCCAACCCACCCAGGAAAUCUAUGGGUGACACAGCUGGCGGAGUCGAACCCUCCAGUGAAGUCCAGAGUAGGGUCUAUGACGGGCCUGAUUUUGCCAGGAGGGUCCAGAUCCAGGGAACCCCCAAGAAUCUGCGCACCCCUUCCACCGCACUGGUGGGGGAAAAGGUGGGUAAGGAGCCCAAACCGAAGGAGGUCCAGAAAGUGAGUGAGGUAGAGGAGGAGGAAACGCGCAGAGUGGAGUCUAAGCACAAAGGCCAGAAGGCUGAGGAGGUGCCGCAGAGCUCCAACACCAGCCAGCCCAUGGUCUGCACCUGCCACCUGCGGAAGGCAAACCACUAAGUAUAGGUUGGGGCUCCAACCAUGCAAACUAGCAAAAAAGGAGAUUGAGGCCUUUUCUUUUGCAGAGGGAACUCCCUGGGUAUGUCAGCUGCUGUGUGCCAAACUUGUCUGUGGAAUCUGACUCUGUCGGCACCUUUAGCAUACAGAUAUAACUGGGUCUAGUUAGCAUACAAAGACCUUAAAACAGAAGGAAUUUCAGGUUUGACUGCCAAAAUAUAUAUAUAUAUAUAUAUAUAUACAGUAUAUGCCAUAUCAUGUCAUAUGUAAAUACAGUACCAGUCAAAAUUUUGGACACAACUACUCAUUCAAGGGUUUUCUAUAUUUUUACUAUUUUUUACAUUGUAGAAUUAUAGUAAAUACAUAUAUUUUAGAUUCUUCAAAGUUGCCACCUUAUGCCAUAGCGCUUUGCAUACUCUCGGCAUUCUCUCAACCAGUUUCACCUGGAAGACUUUUCCAACAGUCUUGAAGGAGUUCCCACAUGCUAAGCACUUGUUGGCUGCUUUUCCUUCACUCUCAUCCCAAACCAUCUCAAUUGGGAUGAGGUCGGGUGAUUGUGGAGGCCAUGUCAUCUGAUGCAGCACUCCAUCACUCUCCUUCUUGUUCAAAUAGCCCUUACACAGCCUGUGUGUUGGGUCAUUGUCAUGUUUAAAAACAAAUGAUAGUCCCACUACGCGCAAACCAAUAUUUUAAUUCUAAAUAAAUCACUGACAGUGUCACCAGCAAAGCACCAUCACACCUCCUCCAUGCUUCAUGGUGGGAACCACACAUGUGGAGAUAAUCCGUUCACCUACUCUGCGUCUCACAAAGACAUGGCAGUUGGAACCAAAAAUCUCAAAUUUGGACUCAUCAGACCGAAGGACAGAUUUCAACUGGUCUAAUGUCCAUUGCUCGUGUUUCUUGGCCCAAGCAAGUGUCUUAUCCUUAUUGGUGUCCUUUAGUAGUUGUUUCAUUGCAGCAAUUCGACCAUGAAGGCCUGAUUUCAUGCAGUCUUCUCUGAUCAGUUGAUGUUGAUGUCUGUUACUUGAACUCUGUGAAGCAUUUAUUUGGGCUGCAAUUUCUGAGGCUGGUAACUCUGAGGCAGUGGAUAAGUUGAUUAGAGUUAACUCUGGGUCUUCCUUUCCUGUGGCAGUCCUCAUAAGAGCCAGUUUCAUCAUAGCGCUUGGUUUUUGCAAAUGCACUUGAAGAAACUUUCAACGUUCUUGAAAUUUUCCCAAUUGACUGACCUUUGUCUUAAAGUAAUGAUGGACUGUCGUUUCUCUGUUCUUGCCAUAAUAUGGACUUAGUCUUUUACCAAGUAGGGCUAUCUUCUGUAUACCGCCCCUACCUUGUCACAACACAACUGAUUGGCUCAAAUACAUUAAGAAGGAAAGAAAUUCAACUAAUUAACUUUUAACAAGGCACACCUUUUAAUUGAAAUGCAUUCCAGGUGACUACCUCAUGAAGCUGGUUGAGAGAAUGCCAAGAGUGUGCAAAGCUGUCAAGGCAAAUAGUGGCUACUUAUAAGAAUCUCAAAUGUAAAAUAUAUUCUGAUUUUAAAACUUUUUUGGUUACUACAUGAUUUCAUGGUUUUGAUGUCUAAACUAUUAUUCUACUUUGUAGAAAAUAGUAAAAAAAUAAUCAUUUAAAAACCUGGAACGAGUAGGUGUCAACUUUUGACUGUGACUGUAUAAAUUAUUCUUCCUAUACUUCUCUUGAUGUAUAAAAGGGUCAUUGUGAAAUGAGAUUGGUUAAUCAAUUGUUGAUAGAUUCUACUGAUAGUAAAAAAGAAGACAUUAUACAAAGACAGUAUUUAUAGGAUGUUUGCAUGUUGUUAUUACCGUUGGGAAAUUGUACUGAUCAGUUUAGCUUUACUAAAGAGAUGUACAAGUAAAUGCCAAAAUAAAGGAAACACUUGAGUAAAUGAAGGCUCUGUUAUGGUGUGGGGUGCAUUUUCCUGGCAUGGUUUAGGUUCACACAACCCCUUAGAGGGCAAGGUAAAUGACAAUAAAUACACAGCCAUUCUGAGUGAUCACCCAACCAAUGGUGAAUCAGUUCUAUCCUGAUGGGAGUGGUCUCUUCCAGGAUGACCAUGCUCCCAUCCACAGGUGGUCACUGAAUGAUUUGAUGAGCAUGAAAAAGUUGUAGACCAUGUGCUAUGGCCGUCUGUCAUCAGAUCGCAACCCAGUUUUACACUUAAGGGGUAUUCUGGAGCAUCGCCUGAGACGGCGUUUUCCACCACCAUCAACAAAACAGCAAAUUAUGGAAUUUCUCGUGGAUAAAUGGUGUCGUAUCCCUCCAACAGAGUUCCAGACACAAGUAGAAUCUAUGCCAAGGUGCAUUGAAGCUGUUCUGGUGGCUCGUGGCCCUAUUAAGACACCUUAUGUUGGUGUUUCCUUUAUUUUGUCUGUUACAUUUAGAUCACACAGAGAAAAGAAAGUUGGCAUCUGUGAAGAGAGAAAGCCAAACAUGAUUCUCUACUAACUCUACUCAAUUAAUUGAUGGGAAUUUUUUGAGUGGAAUUAGACAUUUUGAAAUUACAUGCAUUUUCAUACAUGUCACACUGGGUGAUUUAUGGAUUAUUAUUUUAGAGAAUUUGCAAAUGCUAUAUGAGUAGAGCAGCUUUUUGUAUAUAUUUUUUUUCAAACAAAACGUGUGAUUUGCAGGUUCAAGAUCAGUGCAUACUAACUUUUUAUUAAUACUGGUACUUAUUUAAUUCUAAAGUCAUGUAAAAUCCAAAGAUUCUCCUGAAUCCCUUUAUGGAUUGUUUUACCAUGACCCUCAGUUCUGCUGUAGAUUGUGGUAGUUUUCUUAUUUUAUUUUUGUCCAGCUUCAAUAAAGAGGUAUGGUUGA